CUCAGAUCAGCCCGCGCCAAGAGCAAGCAGCUCCACUACCCUCCCUCUCUUCGACCUAGCCCCACUACCCCCACACCCACGCCAUGUCCUCAACCCCCAGCACGGCGGGCGCCACGCCCGCAGAGAUCGAGGCAUACCUCGACCAGUUCAACUUUACUGGCGGCAACCCGACGUCCAAGGACCUCGCGCCGUCGAUUAUCUUCUCGGUUAUUUACUGCAUCCUCCUCGCUGUCAUUACCUGGCGCUGGGCCGCGCCCACGACCCGCACGCGCCUGCUCAUCCGCCCGACCAUCUUCAUCGUCAUCCGUAUCGCCUCCUGGGUGCUCCGCGCCGUCAUGUCCAAGACGCAGUACGGCACUGGCGAGCUGAUCGCCGAGCUGGUCUUCAUCUCGAUCGGUUUCCUGUUCAUCAUCUCGCCCGUCAUCGACAUGUGGCGCCGUCACGUCCUGUCCGCGGUCGCCAAGAACGAGCGCCCCCAGUGGCUCCUGCGCCUCACCAACCUCUCGCAGAUCACGCUUAUUGCCGCCAUCAUCACGGCCACUAUUGGCGGCUCGCUCGUCGGCACGUCGGUCAAGACCGAGACCAUCACCGGCCUCCGCAAGGCGUCCUACGUCCUCUCGCUCGCCGUCGUCGUCCUCGCCCUCAUCGGCAUCAUGCGCACCCACCGCAAGUUCCACCUCGAGAAGCGCGGCACCUACCUCCUCAUCGCCAUCUCCAUGUUCUGCAUGGUCUGCGGCGUCUACCGUGUCGUCCAGAUCUUCACCACCGACCCCAAGGACCCCGUCCGCAACUACAUCACCUUCUACAUCCUCCAGGGCGCCAUGGAGGUGUGCGCCACCAUCCCCAUGCUCGCCAUCAACAUCAACGAGUGGUUCCCCGGAGAGCAGGGCGCCGCCGUCCGCUCGCACGACUCCGAGUCGGGCUACCCCAUGACCGAGCACCAGCACAAGUAGAGCGUGUGCGCCGCAGCCGCAGUAACCCACAUAGACAGCCUGCCUACGGGCACGGCCUAAUUCGCCCCGCAGAUACAUACCCCCAUAGAUGCCAAUACUGUCAUGUACCUG